AGUAGGGAAGCUGGUUUCAAAAAUGCAGAGCGGAAAAAGGAAAUUUGCCUCAGGAAAGCAGACAUCCUCUAGAUUUCUUCAAAAGCAUGGUGCUGAGAACGAUUCAUGCUGCCCAUUCCUGGAACCAGAGCAGUGCUCGAGAGCUCAGGCAAAAUCCUCACAUGGGGCCUUGCUUUCAGAGUAACAACCUGUGAUGUUCAUUUCCUGUGUGUGAGAGAUAGGAGGGAGGGAAAAUAGCAACAAAUCUGUGAGACACCAACAAAUUCACAUUCCUGGAAAGGCUGCACUUCACAUCCAAGCUGGAGGGACUGAAGAGUAGAGCUCUUUAUUGCAACAUCACCAGAACCAAUUUUGAUUUCUAAGAAGUUCAUCUUUUUCCCUCAAAAUGGGAGAGCCAGAGACCCUCCCCCCUUUCAAUGAAGCACACCACAACUUGACAGAACUCUUCCAUGCAUUCAACCACACAUUCAGCUCUUGUGAUUUGAGACUAGAUGAUAACAUCAAACGAGUAUGUCUCUUUGUUCUCUAUCUCAUCAUCUUCGUGGUGGGAUUGGUGGAGAACCUCUUGGUCAUAUGGGUCAACUGGCAGAUCCGAAACCAUCGGAACUUGGUCAAUCUAUACAUUUUCAACAUGGCCAUUGCAGACUUGGGGGUGAUCCUCUCCUUACCAGUCUGGAUGUUGGAAGCCAUGCUUGAUUACACUUGGCUUUGGGGAGAUUUCCUCUGUCGCUUCACCCACUAUUUUUACUUUGCCAACAUGUACAGCAGUAUUUUCUUUCUCACCUGCCUCAGCAUUGAUCGGUAUGUCUCCCUGACAACUUCCUCCCACUUCUGGCAGCAACACCAACAUCUUGUGCGACGGAUCACCUGCUGCUGCAUCUGGGCCUUUGCCGCCAUCCUCCCUUUGCCAGAGGUGGUACACAUGGAGUUAACUGAUUCCAUUGAACCAAUGUGUUUCUUUAUGCCCCCAUCGGAGACCUUCAGUGAGUGGACCAUCAGUCUCAACCUCCUUCUUGCCUUAAUUGGGUUCCUUAUCCCAUUCUCCAUCAUGGCAAUCUUCAAUAUACUGACCGCCAGACACAUCAAGCGUUGUGACAAGCCAGAGAACAGAAAAAACUGCCGCCUCAUCUAUGCUUACAUAAUUGUCUUCUUGAUCAGUUGGCUGCCAUUCCACCUAAUAUUGCUGCUCUUCACCCUUGAAGGGUCAAAUAUCUUCUUCCACUGCUAUGUGCUUGAGUUCCUGUACUUUUUCUAUGAUUUCAUAGACUGUUUCAGCCUUGCCCAUUGUGUGGUCAAUCCCAUUCUAUACAACUUCCUGAGCAAGAACUUCCAAGGAAAGCUUAUUUCUGCUGUAGUUAGAUACAUUCCCAAAGACCAGAUGGAUCAGAAGAACAGAGAUGGCUCUUCCUCCAAUACUCAACACUCUAUAGUCAUCACGCAAGACAAGCUUUAAACCAAUUUAAACAGCUUUUCUGAUUUUGGGUUCAUUGCCACAAGAAUGUAUUUGCAUUUUUCUCUCUUAUCAGCAAAGGGUAGGCUUAAUUAGGAUACCUGUUGUUAUUGUUUCCAAUGCCAACUUGAAAAGAAGGUCAAUAUAGGUAAAAAUGAGGUGGAAAGGAGGAUUAUAUGCUGCUGUGUCAAACUGACUGACCUUAAUCAAUCAAAAUCUAACAUUGUUAUUAGUCCUCAUCUACUUCCUUCAUCUUGAAACUUGCAAUGCAGCUUUAACAUUUUACUAUGGAAAAGAGAUGUAUUUCUCUUAAUUUCUUCAGUUUUUGCAUGAAAAUAACAUUCUGAAAACUCUAUGCUGGUCUGCUAGUUAAACAGAAUUGUUGGGCAGAGCAGCGUAUAGCUGAAGCAGCUGUAAAUAUAGCUCCAACCUAUAUGAAACUAAAGAACUGAAGUGAUUUGUGAAGAUAAAACAGGAUCUAGCCGAGGGGGAGGCAACCUUGGCUCUUUUAUGACUUGUGGACUUCAACUCCCAGAAUUCCUGAGCCAGCCUGGGAAUUGAAGUCCACAGGUCAUAAAAGAGCCAAGGUUGCCUACCCCUGAGCUAGCCCUAUUUUAAUAUGAACAUUCGAUUAGUUGUUUCUUGGAACUGGGAAAUCAGGACACUACCAAUCCAAUACGAGCAAUUCCUACUUAUGUCUUUUUAGUCCAAACCACUAACAUUUAUCUAACACCACAAUAGAAAAUUAUACCCAGUGAAAAUGUGAAUUUAGGAAAAUGCGAAAAGAGUAUCUCUAGAAGAUUAUAUCACAAGUGAUUGCAGAGUUUCUCACUCCUGAGAGAAUGCACAUCACCCUGAAUUACUUCAUUGUAUUAGAAAUUCCAAACUAGAUUCUAAUGUAUCUUUUUUUUCCUUUGCCUCUUUCUGCAGCUAGAACAUUUGUCUAUCCUUGAGUUUUCCUCCUCCUUGAGAUAUACUCUUCUAACUUUUUGCCUGGUAUGGAAAUAAAUUUAAGAAAGAAUUACUUCAGUGUUCAAUGUUUGCAAAGUAAUACUAUUAAUGGCCAUGGAUCAUGUUUGUAAAGAACUGAACAAGGCACAAAGGCUCUCUGUGUACAGAAAGUGGACGUAACUGGUUUGAAGGAGAAAUUCAUAAAUGAACUGAAUGAAAUGUUAGGGAUAAAUUCUCUGUUUCUUAAAUGAAGAACAAUGUAAGGAGAUGUAGCUAUGAUUGUUGCAUCCAAACAUCAUUCAAGGGAUGCAUAGAAUAAUUAUUUAAUCUAAUGCAGCGAUGGAAUAGUGCAGUACGGUGUAGACACCUAUAAAAAUAUUUGUAAACAUUUUAUUUUACAGAAAUAUGCAAGAUAAUCUAUGUGAAAUUUCAAGCACUUUUAAUCUUUUACCAAAUUUACAAAAGUGAUGUAAAAAUGGGAAAAUGGGUUCAAUCAGUCUUGCACUCAAUAAAGUGGCAUAUUGACUGA